CAUCAGCAUUAUACUUGAUCACUAUUCCCCCCAAUGAUUCCGUUCACCGACAUAACCCCGAGUGUUACGGCAUAGUUUACUCCGUUGCAGGAGCUUCGUGUGCGAGGGCAUCCAGCCUCAGCAUGGGAUACAUCAAUCCUUCAGCUACUCGAAGCAGUCGCCCGCUCGCUCGUGCUCGACCGCCAGGACAAGUACCUCCGCUUCCAAGCACCCCAACUCUACGUCUCCGAUUUCCUCUUCCUAUGCCACGCCUGUAUGAACGAUCAAGAGCAUGAUCUCGUCGACCCCACCUUCGCAACAUGGUUCCACCAGAACCGCGCUCUUCAUAUCGGCGCCCAGACCCUCGAAUCCCUCCUCACCACCAUGAUUUCUCACACAGACCCCACCGUCUUCGACUCUCUUCCUCCUCCCACCCUACGUCCUCAGCGAAUAUCAACCUACCCACCCAGCACCUCCGCCGACGCUGAGUCAGACGACGCGGAUACCUUUCUGUCGCGCUUCCAAGACACGGUGCGGAAAAAGUCGCGGCGACUUAUGGUCACAAUUGAGGGGUAUGUGGGUAUGGCGCCGUGUAGAGCACGGUUAGGUGAUUCCGUUGUCGUAUUGUUCGGAUGCAGCAUCCCGCUCAUCUUGCGGCGAGUAGGUGUGAGAGAAGCAUGGCAAGUCAUUGGCGAAGCGUAUGUACACGGCUUCAUGAACGGCGAGGCUAGGAGAUUAGUCCGCAAAGGGACAAGGAUGUACGUAGAUUCAGGCUUGUUUGAAUAAAAAGAAGCCCUCUAUAGUUAAAAUAUCCCCAUCCCGUCUCUUCC